AAACCAAACCACCGUGAUAUCUCAUCGCGUUGCCGAAAGUGCUACACAGCAUACCGCAUACACGAUGACGAGCCCCACGCUCGCGCGCAAGGCCAAGCUCAAGAACCACCUCGUCUCCGCGAAGGCCAAGCUCCGGCAGCACGUCACCCUCCGCCGCAUCGUCCUCGUCGCCGCCGCAUCCGCCGCGGCCUUCAUUCUCCUCCUCACCGUCCGCACCCUCUCCGCCUCGCACGCCAGAUCACCAGGCGCCGCCUCGUCCACCACCUCCCCGCCCGAGGCCGUACGGCGCAACACGCAGCAGCAGCAGGGCGGGUGCGCGAAGCUGCCUGGGCCAGUCGCCGAGGCGCUGGUUCACUACGCGACCGCCAACGCGACGCUGCCGCAGACUGCGGCCGAGGUCGGGGUGACCGCGCGCCUGCUGGCGCGGCGCGCGCCGUGCAACCUCCUGGUGUUCGGCGGCCUCAGCCCCGACAGCGCGCUCUGGGCGGCGCUCAACCACGGCGGACGCACCGCCUUCCUCGAGGAGGACGCCGCCCUGAUCGCCGAAGUUGGCGCUCGUCACCCGGGCCUCGGCCUCGAGUCCCACCAGGUCGCCUACCAGACCACGCUCGCCGACGCCGACGAGCUCCUCGGCCUCCGUGGCUCCCCGGACUGCACUGCCUCUCCGCCCAAGGAUCAUCCACUCUCGCCGGACCACUUCGAGGGAUCCCCAUGCAAGCUCGCCAUGCGUGGGCUGCCGGCAGCGUUCUAUGAGACGGAGUGGGACGUGAUCAUGGUGGACGCGCCUACGGGGUGGGUGCCAGAGGCGCCAGGGAGGGUGGGCGGCGCGAUAUACAUGGCCGGAAUGGCGGCGCGGGCGCGGCGGCCGGGAAAUGGCGAGACGGAAGUGUUGGUGCACGACGUGGACAGAACGGUGGAGGACAGCUUCUCCAGGGCGUUCCUGUGCGCAGGCUACCUCGAGGAGGAGGUCGGCAGGCUCAGGCGCUUCGCCGUCCCGAGCCACAGGGAAAAGGAAGGCCUGCCAUUUUGCCCUUGAGAGCAAAAUAUACAACUACAACUAUACUACUGUGUUUGUAGGAUUUAGAACCAAAAGGAUCUGCAACAUGUCAAUUCCAAGAUUCUUGAUUUCUUUUUGUUGCCCUGAGACGGACAAGAAUGUUACGAUUUUCUUUUGAUUCAUUUUCAGUUAUAAACAUGGGAAGAGGGGAUCUGUUGUUUUCGAACUCCAGGAUGAACACUCCCUGUGACAUUAAUCUGUGUGAAUUCUUUCCUGAAUUUCA